GUAUUUUCAGUUGACGACUGGAACUGGACGUACAUCUAUUGUUAUAUAGUAGAUCGAUCGUAGUUAGUUUUUUAAUAUAAAAAAUGGGCAGACCUCGUGUACUUGUGAAUAGUAAUGACACUCCUCAAAAAGGUUUAGAUCUACUGAAAACCAAAUGUGACUUAACGAUUAUUCCAUCUCCCAAUCCUACAAGAGAAGAAAUUCUUCGAGUUUUACCUGGCCACGAUGCAGUUUUUCUUGCUAUGCACGUCAACGUCAAUAGCGAAUUUCUCAAUGUUGCUGGACCCACCUUAAAAGUAGUAUCAGCAAUGUCAGCUGGAUACGACCACUUGGAUGUCCCCGAAAUUAAGAGAAGAGGAAUAAAAGUAGGACAUACUCCUCACGUUUUGACAUCCUCUGUUGCUGAUAUUGCCGUGAUGCUUUUAUUGAAUGCAUCAAGACGAGCUUUCGAAGGAAGAUUACUGCUGACACAGGGACAUACGCAAAGUAGUCCACAAUGGUUGUUAGGAGUCGAUGUAAAGGGAUCAACAAUAGGCAUCGUUGGAUUUGGAAAUAUUGGUCAAGCAAUUGCUAAACGACUCAAAGGAUUCGAAAUUAGCAAAAUUGUCUACACGGGACAUUCAAGAAAGAAAGCUGGCGACGAUCUAGGUGCAGAAUUUGUAUCUUUAGAUGAACUUCUUGCACAAAGUGACUUCGUGAUUGCAGCAACUCCAUUAACAACAGAGACCCUGCAAAUGUUUAAUGAUAAUACUUUCUCCAAAAUGAAGAACAAUGCUGUUUUUGUUAACGUGGGAAGAGGAAAAGUCGUCGAUACUGGUGCUUUGGUCAGAGCUUUAAAAAAUAAAACGAUUUUUGCUGCUGGACUUGACGUCGUUGAUCCAGAACCCCUCCCCUCUGAUCAUGAACUUCUGAAACUUCCAAAUUCCGAAAUUAUACCACAUUUGGGAAGUGCUACAAUCGAUACUCGAAAUUCCAUGUCAACGACAGCAGCUCAAAAUCUUUUGAAUGCCCUCGAAGGAAAGCCGAUGAUUUAUCCAUUAUAAUUGAUAAAUAAUAAGUGUUUAAUAGAAUUAUUAAAGUUUUAUAUUUGUAAUCUCGAUUAUAGCUCAACACAGAAUAAAAAGUAUUUCCUGCUCAAA